AGUGCUGCGAAGCGAGUGAAGAUAUCACAUGUAGAAGGCCGCCGGUUUAUGUUUUUUUGAGCAUUAAUAUUGAUAUUAUUUAGUAAUUAACGUGUGAUAGCAUAUAAUGUCGCUUCAAUUUCAAAACGACUGCGGCGAUUCGGUCAAACUGGCCAUCAUCGAGGAGCUGCAGAACCUUCUCAGCGCGAACACCAAUGUGCUGCAGCAGGCGGAGAAGCGAAUAAAGCAGCUGGAAUACACGGAAGGGUAUGGCGUCUACCUGUCCGAGAUCAUAAUGAAUCAGUCGCAUGAGCUGCCGCUGCGACAGAUAGCGAUCGUCAUGCUGACCCGCUACGUGGAGAACCACUGGACGGACGUGAACGCGGAGGGCCUGAAGAACGACAAGGCGAACAGCUGCAUGGCCAGCGAGCAGGCGAAGCGCACCAUUCGCAACAUACUGCCCAACGGGCUGUACGAUCCCAACUCCAAGAUCCGCUCCUCUGUGGCGCACACAAUAUCCACCAUAGCCUCCACCGACUAUCCGCACGGCUGGUCGGAGCUGUUCGACAUCAUUGUCAAGUGUUUGGGCGGCAACGAGGACUCCAUACACGGGGCCAUGCAGGUUCUGCAGGACUUCAGCUACGACGUGGAGCAGAUCAAGGAACUGGGCCCCGUGGUCAUACCCGAGGUGUAUCGCAUCUUCGACUCUGAGCAGAACUACUCGAUUAAGACGCGCGUCUCGGCCAUUCGCAUCCUGAAGCCCCUCUUCACGUCCAUUGCGGCGCUGAUCACCAACAAACAGGAGCAGGCCACCAUGAUGAACUCCAUCCUCAACAACUUCAUGGACAAGCUGCUCCACUACCUGAGCAUGAACAGCGGGGCAGGCUCCAAUUUCCUGCUACGCUCCGAGAUCAUCAAGGUCUUCACGCACGUGGUUACCGAUUGCUCGAAGUACAUCAAUCCGUUCAUGGAGCGCAUACUGCCCAUCAUCUGGCAGCUCCUCACGCAGAUAGCCGAGUCCUAUGUGAAGGUGUCGGUGAACCAGACCGAGCCCAAUCCCCUGCCCAGCGGCGACAGCGAGGACGAUGACGAGCAGACCAAUUUCCAAACCCUAAUCAUUCAGAUCCUCGAGUUCAUCAACUGCAUCGUCACCUGCACCAAGCUUCGGGGAUGCAUCAAAAACGUGUUGGCGGACCUCAUCUACAUCACGAUCGUGUACAUCCAAUUGAGCGAGGAGCAGCUGGAGGACUGGCAGGAGGACCCCGAGAAGUUUGUCGACGACGAGGAUGACGGCGGCGUGGAGCUGACGGUGCGCAUGUGCGGCCGCGAUGUCCUGCUGGCCAUCAACGACGAGUUCGGAGCAAAGGCCAUUCAGCCGCUGCAGGAGGCGCUGGGCAGGCACUUCAGCGUGGCCGAGGCGGAGAAGGCGGCCAACAAUCCCAACUGGUGGAAGAUCCAGGAGGCCUGCAUGGACGCGGUGCACGGCUUUCGCGACAUCAUUCUCGAGAGCGACUCCAAGUUCGAUCUGCUCAACUAUCUGACCAUCGUGCGGAAUCUGCUGGUGCACCAGGAGUCGCCCCACCUGGUGGGACGCGCCCUCUGGACCCUCAGCACCUACUCCAAGUCAGACCUGUACAAUCCUCAGAUGGUGGCCGAGAUCCUGGACGUCACCCUGUGCAGCCUGUCGCCGGAGAAGUCGCACAUCCUGAGGAUUAGUGCAGUGCGCACGCUGACCGGUUUCCUGCAGGCCAACGAAAAGACCGAGGGCGAGAAACGCACGCUGCUGGUGUCCAAGCUGCCGGGAUUCUUUGAUGGCAUCAUGGCUCUGGUCUCGGGCUGCAAGGCCACGGUCCUGGCCCUGCUCAUGGAGGCACUGACGGUCAUGGUUCAGUUUGAUGCGGACUUUGCCUAUGCCGCUAAUGGCAAGAUCACUCCGCUGGCCAUCGCCGUCUUCCUCAAGUAUGCCGAGGAUCCGUACGUGUUGGAGAACGCGCAGGAUCUAAUCAGAGCGCUCUGCCAGCGAAAGCAGUGCCUGGUGCUGCUGCAGGAGAAGUUCAUUCCCACAAUCGUGAGCAUCCUGGGGCUGCCAGAGCAGCACAACUCUGAGAAGCAGGACAUUGCCCUGGACGUACUCAACACGAUUGUGAAGUACACGGAGCCACCGCUGAGCUGUGCACUGCUGGAGACGGCCUUUCCGGCCGUCGUGAACUGCCUCCUGCACACGGACGAUCACGCGGUGAUGCUGGCAGGUGGGGAGUGCCUGCGCAGCUUCAUCAACGUCUCGCCCGGCCAGAUAUGCAGCUACAAGAACGGCGAGGGAGUCAACUGCAUCAUGCAGGUGGUGGCCACUGUCCUGCUCAAUCCCAUGAACAGCGAGAUGACCGCUGCCGGUCAGAUCGGCCGGCUGGUCAUCACGAUCAUCACCAAAAUGGGCAGCAUGCUCGGCCCGAAUGUGGACAUGCUGCUGAAGGCUGUGAUCAGCAAGAUGCAGAACCUCGAGUGCCUUAAGGUGAUUAUGAAUCUGGUGCUGAUCUUCGCCCAUCUCUUCCUCACCCAAAUGGACGCCGUGCUCAACUUUCUGUCCACUGUGCCGGGGCCAAACGGGGAGCCAGCCAUGCAGUUCGUCCUCUCCAACUGGCUCUCGCGCCAGAACUCCUUCUUCGGCAUGUACGAGCGCAAGGUCACCACCAUGGCCCUCUGCAAGCUGUUCGAGUACGGCGUGGCCACGCAGGACAACCGCCUGACGAGCAUCACCUACAAGGAGCUGGUGGAGGACCCCAACGAUUCCCGCAGGCGCACCCGCUCCGUGACCGCUGCCAAUCAGAAGUGGACCACGAUUCCCGCUCUCGUGAAGAUCUUCAAGGUGCUGAUGUCCGAGUACCAGCACUUCCAGGAGAGCAAGACGGACGAGCCGCUCACCGAAAGCGAUGAGGAGGAUGCCGAGCCCGAAGAUGAGGCGGCCAGCUCGGCCAAAACGCGUUUCAUCUCUGACCUGUACGUGGUGGAAAGUGACCACGAUAAUGCCGAGGACGAUCUGCUGCUGAAGGAGCUGCUCAAGGAGACCAACUACACGGGCGACAUAGCCGAGAAUCUGCAAAAAUUCCUCACGAAUUUCACUCAAAACGAACACUUUCCCAGCUUCUACGAGCAUCUCAGCGAGGCGGAGCGACUCAUUCUGCUCAACAAGGUGCAAGAGCAGCAGCAGCAGCAACAGCAGCAGCAGCAGAAGUAGUCGCUGCUGUGCACAGAGGAGGAUCCAUCACGGGGUACGCAGAGCAGCAUUGUGUUAGUCGUAUUUAUAUAUUGUUACCUAAUCCCUUUGAUUAAACACAGUUGUAUUUUUUCUACGCCAA